UCUCUCAUCUGGGGAUUUGCUUUCAGAUGUAGAAAGGAACAGAAGUUUGAUACAAUCACGAACUACUGGUGUUCAGAUUCAUGAAUGCCAGCAAAAUGUGAAAUCCAGUAUACCUGCCUUGAAAUGCCAGAGUCAAUUAAAUAUGACAGGGCCCAGUCGCCUAUAUCCUCGGAGCAGUUGCAGUAGCAGUGAACUCUCUCUAUCAAGUGCUUGCAGUGAAUAUUCUAGUGGCUCCUCCUACACUUGGAAUGAUGGAAAGAUGUGCAGUAAAAGGUCAUCUAUAAGCUGGGAUAAAAGAAUAAGCAUUGGUUCUUCACUCCCAAGCAACCUCUCUAGUCCUACAGAUGAUCUACCUCCAACUCGUAUCAAGGAAAACCACAUUUUGGAAGGGCUGAAGAAGUUACAGAAACGAAAAAUAUUAUUUGAACCAUCUUCAGUAAUAUCAAAAUGGGGUUACAAAGAUUGCAUGGACUCCAAUGAAGGAAUAUAUUCCCCUGGAGUUAAAUGUGGCAGCCAUGAAGAACAAACUCAUUGUAAGCCAAUGGAAAUAGGGAGUGUUUGCAUCGAGCACAACAAAACUUUCACUUAUGAUUCAGAUUCACAUGAUGAUGCAGAUGAUGAAUCUUCAUCUUUAGUGUUGCUGCAUGAAGUACCAAGCAAAGGUUGCAGGCUCUACUGUAACAAAUUAACCCACAGUAUUUCUGACAGUCUAUUUGGUUGGGAGCCUAAUGGGAAACAUUUACCAGAAAAAGGUUCAUAUUUUAAUUCAAAGGAAAGACCUGAAAAACUAACUAGUUUUGUCAAUGAUUUUCAGUCAGAGGUAAAAUCAUGCACAAAUGUUAAGCUGCCUGUAUUACAGCUAGAUCAACGUGCUGCUAAUCUUCGUUGGAAGGACCUUAAUUUACAGUUUUCAGAUACUGAUGACAAUGAAGUCAUGGAUGAAUUACACAUAGAAAGCGGUGAUGAAAAAAGUCCAUCAGAGUUGUUAUUAACUCCCUUUACUGACAAGCAUACAAAGAGCUCUGACAUGCUUGCAGGGACAGAAAAUUCUCAGUUUGUAUCUACUGACGGAGAGGAAAAACAAGUAUCCACUCAGUCAGAUAUUGGGCCAAAGACAUGUAAUUUCAUUAAACAACAAAACUUUAUAAAAAAGACUUCUUCUGAAGAAUGCACUACUGUAAUAUUUGAUGCUGAGGAUGGCGAGCCUAUUGAAUUCAGUUCACAUCAAACUGGAGUAGUCACUGUGACUAGAAAUGAAAUUUCCAUCAACCGACCACAAAGUGGGCCCAAUGCAGAAUACACUGAAUUUAUACCUCAGGGAAUAGCUAAUUUGCAGACAGGAACUGAUGCUAGAAACUACACUGUUUUAGAAACACCUGAAGAUGAAAUCGAGAAAAGGACUCUUCAGAAUAACGUAGAGAAUGAAAAUACAAUUGUCCCUAUGACAUGCAGUGAAUCUUUACGCUUUGGAAGAGCAUUGUUGCAAAAUACUCUACGACAAAAGCUAGUGAAGCCAUUGUACAAUGUAUCAUAUAAGGCCAAUUCCAUCUCCACUGUUCAUGCAGAUAUCAAUCAAAAACAAAACUUGACUAAAAUACCCAGCAGAAGUAAGUUUUCACCACAGAAAAUUAAGAUGACAGAUAGUGGGGUAUCCACUGCAGCCUUAUCAUCUGGCCCAACAACCCUAGAAAAAUCACCAGCUUUGCUGCCUAUGAAACUGUCAAGAUUCAAAAAGGCACAAAGUCCAACUCAUAAUCUGGAUUCAAAAAUAGACAUAGAGAUUCCAAAGCGCCCUGCCCAUCUUCCUCAAAAUUCUAAAAUUCCAGGCAAAAGUGAUUGGACAAAGAAUCCAAAGAAUGAAGUUUCAGAAUCGUCAUUAAUGCCUCGGCACCUUAUAGAACCCAGUGACUAUGGAGAGCCCCCAACCAGAGAUAUUCAUUGUGAUUUAGCAAUUGUAGAAACCCAAUCCCCAUCACCCCCCCCUCCUCCGGGCCGGUCAACUUCACUGUUAAUAAAACCAAAUUAUGAACAUUCUCCACCUUUAUCCAUAAAGCCAGGCACAACUGUUCCCAAUGAAACAACAAAAAAUAGUCUUAAAUUGUCACCCUUAAAAACAAUUGCAAACCCUAUUGCUUUUCAUAACCAACCUAAUCAUGAAAUGCUAACAAAAAAUACACCUUUCAUGGCCAAAAUUGAAUUAGUUCACCUUCAAGAGAAUGGAGAAAUGAGCACACAAAACAUGCUUCAGCAGUCACACAGCUCCCCUGGAACCUCUCAAGGGCCUUCCAAAAUUUUCACAAAAAGAGCUUGCCCCAAACUCUCUAAUCAGUCAGUAUUCUGCAGCAAUCAGGAGCUUUCUAACCCAGGAUUACGGACAGCUAAGACUUUCUCUCUAGCUUGUGUGUCACUGGAAACGGUUUCCUCACAAAGCACAUACUCAGGCAAAAAAGGACUAUCCGAUGGCAGUGGAGUGCCUCAGCCACAAAAGAUGCCAAACAGUCUGCCCACAUCUCCACAAUGUCAAACAGCAAAUAGUAGCGAGCCUCUUCUAUCUCAUGUUAACCGUUCCUCAUUGCCACUAUCGUUUUAUGGCAGUGACACGACAAAUGCUGUCCAAAUCUCUCAUGAGAAAGGACUGAAAACCCGUCUCCCUGUAGGACUGAAAUUACUUGUAAAAUCUCCCCAUGUCCUCAGGAAGAGUUCUACUGUACCAGGGAAACAAGAAAAAGACAAUAUAAAUGCGGCUUCCAAAAACAAUGUGAGUUCAUGUAAGUACAACCAGGAUGAAUCCAUGUGUCUAACCACCAUGGAAACAAUGGGCACGGAAUUAAGAGUCACUAAGGCCGAUACUGAAAUAAGAGAUCAUUUUUCCAUGGGACUUACUAUUGAUACAGCAUCACCUCACUCACCUGAAAACUGCAGCAUGAUUGUAGACAGAGGAGAUGGAUUAGAAAACAAAUUUGUUAAGAGAUCUGUUUCUUCUAGUAGCAAAACAUACUUAAAACCGGCUCUGGGAAUGAAUGGAGCAAAAGCCCGUAGUCAAAGUUUCAGCAUUCAUACAGGGGAAAAGCCAGCUACCCCUGUGACAGAAGGGCUAGGAAAAGUACGGACUCAGAUUAUUACUAACACUUCUGAAAGAGGAAAUUCUUUAACAAGGCAGAACUCUACCAUGGAAGGAUUCCAAAUCAAGGCCAGUCCUGGAUUAGCAAUGGCAUCAGAGACUCUUUCAGAUACUUCAAAAGUCCCAGAAAAAUUCUGUUCUAGACAAGGUUCUGAUGGAAGCAUGAGUAGUUCCAAUAGUCAGCAUGGUAGCCCAAGCAGACUACCAUUCAGAACAUCUCCAAAAGUGGACACGUUUCACAACAUUUCAAAAUGUGAGGGAAACAAAUCACCUUCUCAGAAAGAUACACCAAAUAUAUUUGUCCACAAUGAAAAAAGCAGUGAGAAUUCUAAACAGCAUCCACUAAACAAAAAAAGUAUCAUGCAAGCAGAAUUGGAGUUGGAGUCAUCACCUACUAUUCCAACAGAACAAAUUUCAUCAUUUCAAAACUUGGAUGGAAUACAAUAUCCUCGUAAACUUGAAGCAAGCAAGUCACAAAGACAAGAAACCUCUUUAAAGAUAUCAGAAAACUCAGAGGUUACCAGUGCUUUGAGUUCAUCUGUUGUGCAACCUACAAUAGAAGAAAAAGUCAUGUUGUGUAUCCAGGAAAAUGUGCAGAAGGGUCAAGGGCAAAACAAGUCUCCCACCACCGAGAUGAAACAAAAGACCGGGCCCUCUAUAGCUAGCUGGUUUGGUUUUCGUAAGAGUAAACUCCCAGCCCUGAAUGGUAGAAAAACUGAUGUUCCUAAAACAAAGGUAGAAAAGAAGGAAGCAAAAGGUUCAGGUUUUGGAAAUAAGCAGGCAAAGUCAGAGAAAAAAAAAGAUAAAAAGAAAACUGACCAACACUGUGAAGCAGAAAAUGAAUUUAAUAAGAUAACCGAAAAUAGUGACAUUUUAGAUGAUGUUUUGAAUGGCAAAAAGAAUACAAAAGCUUCGCAAGACAUCCCUGGCCAGAUCAGGUGUUGUCAAAAGAGUGCUUCCUCCACCAUCACAUGUUCAGCGAAAGACAGUUUUAUGAAAGAACUUUUAAACAGAGUUGAUAAGAAAGCAGCUCAGCAGACAGAAAGUGGAUCAAAUAAUGUUUCCUACAGGAGUGUGUCGAAGGGCAGCUCCCAGGGCUCCUCUCUUCCCAGCAACUCUAUCAGCGCUCAAGGAAGCCACAAGAAAAACAGCAAAACAAAAGCUGAUAUGGAAAUGCAGCAUGAGACACUGACUAAAUUGGUCACAGAAAGCCAGCAGGAAGAUGAAGAGGACACCAUCACAAGUACAUGUCAGAGUCACGUAAUAGAGUCUUGCUGCCAGAUGAGAACAUUGGACAGUGGGAUAGGAACCUUUCCUCUCCCAGACUCAGGAAACCGGUCAACUGGACGAUAUGUUUCUAAGCAAGAAUCAACUUUAGAAACUGAAGACUUCAAGUCUCCUGAGCAAGCGCUUCCUUCAGGUUCUUCAAUAAAAGCCAAAACUCUUGAGCGAGAAGUGCCUUCAACAGCUAAGAGCCCAGACUCUGUGGAAAGCAUGAUUAGUCAUUCAACAUCUGAUCCUACCAUGACUGCCAAAGUUGUACGACCUUUUCAAAGUCGCCUUCCCAAACCAGUCUCCUCAGAGCAUACUGAAAAAAAUGUGGAAAACAAGGAGAUUCUUGCAGACUGGAGCAGCAAGAAAGCCACUAAAAAAACAAAGGACAAGGCACUGCGAGUGUGCACUUAUUCUGCUAGCAGCAGUGGUGACACUGAGACGGAGCGAGAGUAUGAAACAAAUGACUUUGGAACUGCAGGGGAAAAGUUAGCAGAUUUAAUGAAGAACAAACGAGCUGAGCAAGAAGAAAAAACUGUGAAAAAGUCCUUUAUGGGGACCCGUAUGUCAAUCUUGGAUUUAUAUCAACACAGUCUCUGUGGCCAUUAUGGAGAGGAUGGGCCUGAACAAUUAACACAUUACAGUUUUAUUGAGCAGCUGAGUGGAGCUUCCAGUAAAGAAGGCAAGAGCAAAGAGAUCCGUAGUAAAUUGAAACAAGCUGAAAAAACAAGGGAAGAUUCUGAGAAUAGAUUAUCUAAAAUUUCCCUGGAGUGUCUCAAUAAAUUUAACAGCAAUAAUGUCAUUUUAUUAGAAAAAGAGAAGAAUUGUCUGAACAAGGUUGAAGGACAAAAGGAAGAAAAUGAAAGGAAUGAAGAAGCUUCUUUAAAUAGCUCUGAUCGGCAUGGUGUGGACAAUUUAGAAUCCUUGAGUGAUUCUUUAUAUGAUAGCUUCUCAUCCUGUGCCAGCCAAGGCUCUAAUGAUGUAUAAAGACACUUUCCAGUGGGCUGUGAAUGGAGCACUUAAGGAACUGAGGGGAAAAAAAGAAAGGGACAACUGCUGAACAACUUUAUCCUAAAUUGUUGGAUUCACAGAAGGGUAUUUCCUGACUUAUUUUCAUGACACAGCAAUAAGGAAAGAUAAGACUGCAUUUUUGUGAUGCAUGAGGCUGAAAACUGAACACAAAUGCUGUUAUACAAAAUGUCUUAAUUUUGCACUUUUAUGAAUAUUUGUACAGAAGUUGUAAAUUUUUUUGAAAAACUAUAUUUGUAGGAAAAAAAGCAAUAAAUAUUAAAUGGUGCCAUGCUCCUGAAAUGACAGAUUACUAACUUUUAAAAGCUGAUGUUAAUAUUAACAAGGAAAGUUAGUGGAUUUUUUUAAAGAAAGAUUUAUAAUUGUUCUAGUCUUAAAACUGUAUGUAGAAACACUGCUUUAAAAUAAACUUGAGCCUGCCAGAUUGUCUGUAAUAAACUUUCUUGGACCAUAUUUUACAAUA